UCAAGAUGACAAAUUGAUCGCAUCUUUAAUGUUAGCUGGUUUAACCGAUGACUUUAAGCCGCUUGUCAUGGCUGUGGAGAAUUCUAAGGAAAAAUUGACGGUAGAUAUGGUGAAGAAUGUUCUACUUCAAGACGCAAAAUUUGAUAAAGCUUUUGAGAAAGAAUCAGCAUCACAGUCAAAAGGUGUCAAGAAAGCAGUUAACGGGGACGAACACACACAUAUUACGAUGGAUUGUAACAAUGACCGGUGGUUAUAUACUCGCUCUUGCACCCCAAAGGUGGAAAUUUCGUUUGCUUUUCUUCGCAGUUGCAAUCAUUCGUCGCAGUUGCAUUAAAAAAACUGCAGGACUCAAGCAGAAAAAGAAGCACUGGCCUCCGUCCACAGAAAUUGAAGGUCAGUGCAUAUAUAGGUAUACCUUGAAUGAUCCGUACAACGAAACACAUCGAAAUACUACUUUACCACAAAACUGGUUACACAUUAAAUACUCACAACGAACAAUUUAACAUCAAAUAUAGG